AUGGUGGAAGGUGUUCAGACACAACACAAUGGAAGGUUCUCAAGCUUCUUUGGACACCUACAACCCGGUGUCCCCGAGUGCUAUGAGUCUCCUCCUUCUCAGAGGAUUCCAGUGUCCGCCUCAAAGAAGAUCAGUGGCUGUGUGAAUGGGGAGAUUCCUGCUUCUCAACUUCCUCCAAUCUGCCCAGACAGAGUCAGCCAUACCAUUCUGCCCAACCAAAUGCCAAUACCCACAGCCAAAGAAAAGGCUCCUGGAGGCCAAGGGAAGAUCACAGGGCUGGACUGUGGCCCUCAGCUCACAGAGGACAUGCAGAAGGAAGUCAGCAGUGCUCUAGGCCCAGGGCCCAAAGAGGAGAUUUUGAGUCAAGCCUUCAAGAUGGCAGUUACUCGAGAAGACAUGCGCACCCUGAGGGACAGCCACUGGCUCAAUGACACAGUCAUCAAUUUUUACAUGAAUCUUCUCAUGGCCAGAAAUCAAACUCAAGGAUACCCUGCACUUUAUGCAUUUAAUACCUUCUUUUAUUCCAAGUUACAGAGUGGUGGCCACAAGUCAGUCAGAAGUUGGACCAAGGCAGUAAACCUCUUUGCAAAGGAACUGAUCCUGGUGCCUGUUCACCUGGAUAAUCACUGGAGCCUGGUGGUGACAGACCUGAGGGAGAAGAGUAUUGUCUACCUGGAUUCCAUGGGACUCAAGAGACCAGAAGUCCUUGCUCAGAUUUUCCAGUAUCUGCAGGAUGAGAGCAUAGCCAGAAGGAAUGUGGCUCUGAAGCCUUUGGAGUGGAAGCAGCACAGCAUGGCAGCAGAGGAGAUUCCUCAGCAGGGGAAUGGCAGUGACUGUGGCCUGUUCACCUGUCAAUAUGCAGAAUACAUCUCCAGAGGCCAGCCCCUCACCUUCUCUCAGCAGCACAUGCCUCUGUUUAGGAAGAAGAUGGUGUGGGAAAUCCUGCACCAGUGCUUACUGGAGCCCCGCCCACCCAGCUGCUGA